AUGUCACAGGAAUUCCCACCUCUCGCGACAAUCCCGCCUCUCACAUUGCAUGAAUCAAUCAAGCGAAAUGAACUUGAUGCAUCAAAACCGGUCCAUGCUUGGCUGGCAUCUCUCUCGAAAACAUUAAACGAGGGAAAGUCUGCCGAUUUCUCCGUUCUCUUCUUGGAGAAAGACUCUUGGUGGAGAGACUUUGUCGCUCUCACAUGGGAUAUCGAGUGCAGGAAUGGUGCUGAUGCUAUUCACGAGUUCCUCCGCCACUCCAAGGCUGGUCUGACUGGCGUAGCGGUCGGGGAGACACCGGCUUUGCAGCCCCAGUUGGUAGAUAUGGGAGGAUUGCUGUUUAUACAGUCUGGGUUUACUUUCAAGACCGACUUUGGUACUGGACGAGGGGUCUUGAGGUUAGCAAACGUCGGAUUCAAUGAGUGGAAGGCAUGGACGGUUUUCACCAGCCUAGAGCGACUGCAUGGACAGACGGAGGUUGACAUGUCGGUUGUUGGCACCCAAGGAGUCGACGCCAUAAGCCAUGGAGCAAGUGGAGGAUCCAUGGCAAACGCAAAUGACCAUUUACAAGUAUUAGUAAUUGGAGCAGGCCAUUCUGGGUUGGCGCUCGCUGCGCAUCUCAAGCAUCUCGGCCUCAGAUAUCUUGUCGUCGAGCAGGAAUCACAGCCAGGCAGCGCAUGGCGGGCCAGAUACAAGACCCUGAAGUCCCACACUCCGAAAUACUCAGACCACUAUCCGUUCCUUCAGUAUCCGAGUGACUGGCCGACAUGGCUCGGCCGGGAACACAUCAUCAACUGGAUGGAUCAUUAUAGCAAAGCCCUAGGUCUAAACAUUGAGUACGGAGCUCACGCGCAAAAGGUCAAAUACGAUGAGGCGGGGAAACAAUAUUCAGUCGAGUUGGGCGGAAGUGAAGGCAGCCGAACAGUACGAUGCAAGCACUUGGUCCUCGCCACUGGUUUAGUUAGCAAAGUUCCCAACUGUCCAGAGUUCUUCGGUCAGAAUACUUUUCAGGGUCAAACGUACCACAGCUCCUCACAUAAGUCCGCUGGCGAGAUUCCAGACGUGAAAGAUAAGAAAAUAACCAUCCUAGGAUGCGGAACGAGCGCCCACGACAUCGCCCUGGACUUCGUCAACCACGGUGCGAAGAGUGUUACCAUGAUCCAAAGGCAUCCCAUCUAUGUACUAUCCCUCGACUCUUUAGAGAAGUUCCAAGUGCCAUUGUGGAAUACCCCCGGUAUGAUGGCCGCCAAUGAUAUGGAGAUCCUUAAAGGAUUGGAGAAAGCCGGCAUGGCUGUCAAAAGAGGCGAUAAGGGAGACAGCCUGCUUGAUCACCAACUCGUCAAACUGGGUCGGCUGUAUAUCGAUCAGGGAGCAUCGCGCAUGAUCAUUGAUGGUCGUAUCAAAGUCAUCCAGUGCGAACAUGGCGUGCGCGAGUUCUACUCGAAUGGUGUCAUCUUGGGCAAUGGCACAAGUAUCGCGUCCGACGUUGUUGUCUUUGCGACGGGGUUUCAGCAUAGCAAGAGAACGAUCGAAGCCAUAAUGGGUAAAGACGUGAGCAACAGAGUAGGAAAUAUGGGGGCGUUGGAUGAUGUUCAGGAGGUUGUUGGAUGGUGGAGGCCUACAGAAAUGCCUGGUUUCUGGUACAUGACAGGAAACUUCCUCCUAGCAAGACAGCUAGCUCCAGUCUUGGCUCUGCAGAUUAAUGCCAUUGAGUGUGGACUGAACACGGAUUAUUACAAAGAGGGUUGA